AUGAGGUUAUCUCCUUUAUUCCUAUUCCUCGGCUCGACCUUGCUUUCGGGCGUGCAAGCAGCAGCAAAAGAGGAUGAGCGGGAAAACACCUACUUCAAUUCCAUCAAGGUUCCCCCAAUACUCGAGCUGACACCCGACACUUUCGACAACGAGGUGAAGUCGUCGCAGUUUAUGCUUAUCAAGCACUACAGCCCUUACUGCCCGCACUGCAUAGAUUACGCGCCGAUUUUCCAGACGCUGUACGAGUUUUACUACACUUCUAAGCCCGAGAAGGAGGACAAGUCCUUCACGGAGUUCUACGGCUUCAAGUUUGCCACGGUCAAUUGCGUGGCAUACUUUGAUCUUUGCGCUUCUCACAAUGUUCAAUCAUACCCUAGCACCAUCCUCUACAAGAACGGCGAGGUCGCCGAAUUGAUCAAGGGCGUCAAGGAGAUCGACCAAGUCAGCCCUAUCCUGGAAAAGCACCUGGAAGCCGCCAAGCCCGGAUCGAGACCUCGGAGCCUGGCGCUUCCCGAGGCUGGUGAUAAAUACUCCCCCGACAAGGAUCCCGCCAAGGCCGAAGAACUCAAGAAGAAGGCUGCCGACGAUAAGACCGACGCGAAAGCGGACGCGAAGACGGAUGCCAAGGCCGACGAGAAGGCUGAUGCGAAGACGCCGCUCAAGAACGAGCCCAACACCCCGCCCAAGGCCCCUCCCGCGGCUCCUCCCGCAAAGGACGAGAAGGCCACCGAGGUCAAGGGUGACGCAAAGGCUGCCCCCAAGGCUGAUACCAAGCCUGAUGCUGUCAAGGAGGACACCAAGGCAAGCACUACUUCCGAGAAGGCUGUCGCGACCCCUACCAAGGCCAUCGUCAAGAAGCCGACCGUCACCCCCAACAAGGAGGGUAUCUCGGUGCCCCUUACUGCUGAGAAGUUCCAGACUCUGGUCACCAUGACCCAGGAUCCCUGGUUCGUCAAGUUCUACGCACCCUGGUGCCAUCAUUGCCAGGCCAUGGCGCCUAACUGGCAGCAACUGGCCAAGGAGAUGAAGGGCAAGCUGAACGUCGGAGAAGUGAACUGCGAUAUCGAGUCUAGACUCUGCAAGGAUGUCCGUCUCCGCGGCUACCCCACCAUUCUGUUCUUCAAGGGCGGCGAGCGCGUCGAGUACGAUGGUCUCAGAGGCCUCGGCGACUUUGUCCACUAUGCCGAGAAGGCUAUCGACAUCUGCGACGGAGUGCAGGACGUGGAUGCCGAAUCCCUGAAGGUUUUGGAGGAGAAGGAGGAAGUCAUCUUCAUCUACUUCUACGACCAUGCUACUACCAGCGAGGAUUUCAUGGCUCUCGAGCGCCUGCCCCUCAGCUUGAUCGGCAAGGCCAAACUUGUGAAGACCAAGGACCCCGUCCUUUACGCUCGUUACAAGAUCACUACUUGGCCUCGCCUGCUUGUGUCCAGGGAGGGACGCCCCACGUACUACCAGCCGCUCACACCCAAAGAGAUGCGUGACGUUCGAGGCGUCUUGAACUGGAUGAAGUCCGUUUGGCUGCCGAUUGUGCCCGAAAUGACGGCUUCCAACGCACGGGAGAUUAUGGACGGCAAGAUCGUUGUUCUCGGCAUUGUCAAUAGAGAGGACCAAGAAGGCUUCCUGAGAGCCAAGCGUGAGCUGAAGAGCGCCGCCAACGAGUGGAUGGAUAAGCAGAUUAUCCAAUUUCAGCAUGAGCGGCAAGAACUGCGUGAUGCCAAGCAGCUCCGUAUUGAUGAGGCUGAGGACCGCGGCGACCAACGCGCCCUCCGACAAGCCAAGGCUAUCCGCAUUAACAUGGACAAGUCCGACCGCAAGCAGGUUGGUUUCGCUUGGGUCGACGCUGUUUUCUGGCAGAGAUGGAUUCGUACCACUUACGGCAUCGACACCAAGGAUGGAGAUCGCGUUAUCAUCAACGAUGAGGAUAACCGCCGUUACUGGGACACCACCAUCACUGGUAACAACAUUCUUCUGUCACGGACGUCGAUCUUGGAGACCAUUAACAAGGUCACAACAUCGCCGCCCAAGAUCAAGCCCAAGCUCACCAUUUCGAGCUUUGAGAAGAUCUUCUUCGACAUCCGCGUCACCUUUGUCGAGCACCCGUACCUCAGCAUGGGCUGCAUCCUCGGUUUGGCCGUUGGUGCCAUCUCCUGGCUCCGCGGCCGCACCCGCAGGGGCCGUGGUGGCCACUUCCGCCUGGAAGAGUCCUGGGGCAACAAGGAGCUGAUGAAGGAGGGCCUGCUGGGACCUAAUGGCAACGGCAAGGUGGACUAG